AUGGCGACGACGACGCUGUGGGGAUUCACGAUCGGCGUGUUGUCUCGUGAAGAGGCGGCGGAGGAAUUUUUCGGCAAGGCGACGCUUUGGAUUUCCAACAACUUUACGUGGUUUUACACCUUGACGCAGAACGCGUGGAUUUUCGUGGUGAUUUUCGUGCUGUUUCGGAAAAGGUACGCAAACAUCAAGCUCGGACAGCCGGAUGAUAGGCCUGAUUAUUCCGAUCUCGUGUGGUUCACGUUGAUUUUCACCACGGGGCUCGGGACGGGGAUAUUUUACUUUGGAGUGAGCGAGCCGAUGUACUACUAUCGUGAUGAUUCCAAACUUUUAGGAACAGCAACCAACUAUAUAGCGAAGAUCCCGUUCAUGAACGAUGAUCAAAGGGCGAACAUGGCGAUGUUUGUCACUUUUUUGCAUUGGGGUUUGCACGGUUGGGCGACGUACAUCUUGGUCGCGCUGACGCUCGGCGUCGUGCAUUACCGACUGGGCAGGCCGCUGACGCUUCGCAGUGCGUUUUAUCCCAUCGUAGGCGAUUACGUCAACGGGCUGUUCGGCGACUUGAUUGACUCGAUGUCCAUCGCUUGUACGACGUUUGGGUUGUGCACGUCGCUCGGUUUGGGGGCGAGCAGUAUCAAUACCAUCUUGCACCGCAUGAGCGCUUCGAUUCCUGACGACGACGACAACACGAAGUCGGCCAUCAUUUGGGGCAUCACCGCGCUCACUACGGGUGCACUCGUAAGCGGGCUCCACCGCGGGGUUAUCACUUUCGCCAUUGUCGCCUUCUCAAUUCUACUUGCGCUGAUUAUGAUUUUGUUCAUGCUUGACAACACGUGGUACCUUGCAAAUUCGUUUACGCAGCAAAUCGGAACAUACUUGCAGUACGUGAUUCUCGGCGGAUUCGACAAUGACGCCAUAGCGCAGCUGAACAUAGACUCGCCGACUUCGUUCAUGGAUACGUGGACGGUAUUUUACUGGGCUUGGUGGAUCACUUGGGCGCCGUUCGUAGGAAUGUUUUACGCUAAAAUUUCACGUGGUCGCACCAUAAGAUCGCUUAUUCUGGUCGGUAUGUUUGCGCCGAUGUUUUUGGGUUUCUUUGCUAUUUCCGUCCUCGGAUCGCUUGGUAUUCGAAUGCAACGCAUCGCGGAAUUGGCGCUCGGCGCUGCACCAGAUUGGCAGAAAGGAGUUGUGAACUGCGGUGCCCUCGGGUAUUUAGAAAACACACCCCCUUACAAAAACUUGACGACGCUUUUACAAACCUUAGUUCUUUUGGGUGUGAUUUUGUUCUUCGUCACCUCUGCGGAUGCGGGCGCGUUCGUGGACGACAAAAUCGCCGCGAACGGCAUGGAAAAUCCUCCUGUUCUUCAAAAGGUGUGGUGGAGCAUCACGCAAGGCGCCACCGCGCAGGCGUUGCUAAGCUCCACUAAAAACGGUUUGUCCACGCUUCAAUCGGUGAGCAUUUGUGCCGCUCUGCCGUACACGUUCGCGCUGAAUUACAUGUGUGUAGCACUCUUUCGCGCUAUGGAC